UGAUAAAUCUUACACCAUGAACAAGCAUUUGGUUUCUUAUUUCUUGGUUUUUGUAGUUCUCUUCUCAGUAUUGUCGUUUGUUCCUAAUACUGAGGCACAGAAGAGAUGCAGAAAAGAGCUAGAGCCGGGCAAACAAUGUGUGUUGUCACAUUGCAGAGAGAUUUGUCUCAAGCAGUUAAAUGGAUUCGGAAGUUGUGUUGAGAAGCCACCAGGCUCUGAUAAGUACACAUGUAACUGUUUCUACAAUUGUGGUUCUUCACCAUGAUCAUUUUAGAGA